UGUGGCACAAAUUUCUGCCCAAGCCCUGCUAAGUGUGGGCAACUAAGGUAUGUAGGGCAGCCCAGGUUGGGAAGAAACUAGCCAGAGGCUCCUGGGCUCACUCAGAGCUUCAUCCAGGUUUGUCACCUGGUACAUGCCAGGGCUGAUGCUUCUUAUCAUGGCUACUACACUGUGGAAGGUUCUGGGCCUGGGGCCUCUUUUGUCAACACUUCUUCUGGCAUUCGCAGGUGAGUCUCGGCCAUGGAGAGCCUUGGGCAUGCAGAAGAGUGCUCAGAGGUAGCAAAACCCUGUUCUCCACAGUAAGCUGCGCCCUAAGGUUCUUCCUGGGCUGAUUGUGCCUUUUCCAUACUAGAGCCUUUUUAGAUAAAGGGAGUUGGUGGGGCCUUAGGGAUCAGAGGAAGAGCAUGUGACAUGGAGGUAGGGGCUAGGAGGCCUGGUGACAAGGAAAGAACCUGAGUUCUAUGAUGUCAACUCUUGACUCAGUGGCUACUAGGUCUAGAAGAGAGAGAGAGAGAGAGAGAGAGAGAGAGAGAGAGAGAGAGAGAGAGAGAGAAUGAAUGAGAGAACAUGCAGGGAAUAAAUUGAAAUAAUGAGUCCUGGAUCCAAAAUCAGAUGAACCGGUUAAGCUUUCUUUAGUCACUGACAGGCUAUAUGACUUUGAGCAAGUUAUUAAUCGUCUCUGCAUCCCUAAUCUCUCAGGAAACAGAUACCAUAAUACUAUCCUCCCGCCAUUGAAUUGUAGAUAAAACUUAUACCUGGAAGUAUUUUACAACCCUCAGGAGCUAUGUUUACAUAAAGCAGAAGGAAAUAUCAUCGACUAUAUCAGAGCCCAUGGCUACCUACACUGUUCUCUGUCUUUCUUUGUCAUGUAGGGCUACUUGACUCUCUCUUGUAACCUGACUUUGAAAGAAGGGUUCUUGUCACCAGGUCCCUAGAGUAUAGCUCUCAGUCUGAACACAGUAGGAAUGCCAGGGAAACAUUAUGACUUAAGUAAACCGCUGCUCUGAAUCUACAAAAAAACUAUCCCCAGAUAGGGCAGUCUUUAUUACUCUGGGGGAGAAACCCUAUGUUAGAGUAGUGAGGACUUUGUCACAGUCUCACAGUCGGUACUGCAUGAGCCUGAAAGAAGGUGUUCCUAGGAUGGAGAGUAUUCCUGGUUUUGUCUCACCUGCCUUUGUUCUCAGUUUGUUUCUUGACCUUAGCCAUCCUGAUGGGGGUAAGAUGUAAAUCUAGCUUCAUUUGUUGUCUUUCUAUAGUCACAUGACUUUGAUUAUUCCCCUCUUCUAUCUGAGGAUCACCUCCAGGAUUGUGUGUAGGGCUGUUUUGAUGAAUAUGAAUUCCUUUAACCUGUUUGUGUGAUGGAAAGGUUCUCUUUCUCCUUCAGCUAUGGCAGAUAGUUUUGUUGGGUAUAGUAGUCUAGCUUGGCAUUUGUGGACUUUUAGAAGUUGAAGAGCAUUGCUCAAGGCUUUUAAAUUUUCCAUUGAAAUCAGUGGUUAAUAUGUGGGAUUUCCUUCAAAUGUGUACCCUCUUUUCAGCAUAUUUCAUGUUUUAACUAUAAUAUGCAUGGGAAGUUUUGAUUCUGAUCUUGUCUAUUUGAUCUACUGUGUAUUCCUUAUAUCUAUGUGGUUGUACCUUUCCUUUGUUUAGGGAAUUUCUCUUAUGACCUUAUUGAAGAUAUGGUCUUUGCCAUUGAUUUGGGAUUCUUCUCUUUCAUCUAUUUCUAUAAUUAGAAUAUUUGGUCUUUUUUCUUCCUUCCUUUCUUUUCUUUUUGUUUGUUUGUUUUUGUUUUUUCUUUUUGUUUUUCAAGACAGGGUUUCUUUGUGUGGCUAUGGCAAUCCUGGAACUUGCUCUGUAGACCAGGCUGGUCUCAAACUCACAGGGAUUCAUCUGCUUCUGCCUCCCAAGUGCUGGUAUAAAAGGCCUGUGCUACUACCACUUGGUGAAGAUCUUUUUAUGUUGUCUCAUAUUUUCUGAAUGUUCUUUUUAUGCGUUUUUAAUUUCUAUAAUUAUAUUUACUUGAAUGGUCCAAUUGUUCUACUUUACCUCCAAAACAUGAUAUUUUAUCUUCUAUGUGAUCCAUCCCAUGUGUAAGGCUUUCUUCUGAGUUUUCUAAUUGUGUUAUUGAUUAUUCAAUUCUAUCUCCACUACAGUUUAAGUUCUCAAUAUUUCUGUCUUUAUUAUUCUGGAUUUUGUUUCUCAUUUCACUGAGCUACAGAUAUUUUCUUAUGCAUUUACUGUCUUCCUCUUCAAAUUCACUGAGCUGUGUCUUCCUUAAAUUUUAUGAAUUAUUUAAUAAAGUUUUUAGUACUUUUAAGUUCUGUGUUAUGGGGCUCAUCUAGGUAAUUCACACCAGAGAACAUUUAUGUGGGUCUGUCAGGUUUGAAGAGACAGACAGACUUUCUUAUCCUUUCUUUUUUUUUUGUGAUGUUUUGUGGGCAUGUGGACUUAUUUCUUUGGUUGGGUGUAUGAUAUGAGAUUCUAGCUUCCACUAGAUUGGAUCACUGCAGGAACUGAGCAAAUGGACAUAGGCCAGAAAUAUCUAGUGUAUGGUCUGCUCAUUUAGAAUUAGGCCUGGGAACAAGGAGUUGGGGCAGGGUAGAUGUGGGUCAGAGGAACUCAGCAGACAAUAGCUGUGUGUGAGAUAAGAGUCCAGCAACAUGACUGUAAUUGUAGACAUAACACAGGGGCAGGUGGGAGUCAGAGGAUGCCCUAGGCAAAUAGGGUACUGAGGUGUGUCCCUGGAGCUAGUGGAGAUUAUAUUAGUUAUGUGUAUAAGAGAGAAGAAUUGAGUGUGCAAAGGUGAUGCUCUCAGACUGCAUAUCCAGACCUAAGCCUGUGAGUAUGGACAUGGUGCAGGAGUAGGUGUAGAUCAGAGAAACCCAGCAGGAAAAGACUGUGCAAGCUACACUCUCAGAAUUAGGCCUGCACUUGUGGGAAGCAAUGUUACAGUUUUGCAGUAGACCUUAUGUUUUUUUAAGCCUCCUAAAGACUUGCUGCCUAAGACAGCCAAAGAGUGGUACAGCUGGGUCAUAAGAUCCAUUUAUUUGGUAUAUACCCAAGCAUUACACUCUCUCUCUCCUCAGUUGCCAAAUGUCAUUUCUGUGUCCUCUUAUAUAGGAAUAAGUAUUUUAUUCUUCAGUUUUUUUAGUUUUAGUACAGAAAGCCCUGUUUCAAUCACCCUUUCAGAGUGACUCCUCAUUUUUCUAUCUUUGUACAUAUUGAGUCUCCUGAGGACAUCCAUUCCCUCAUAGAAGUCAUAUUUUGUUUGCCAGUUGCUUGUUAUGGUCCAUUUGCACUCCCUCCUCAAAGUCAGAUACAUAGUAUAUGCUCCCCUAGUAUGCGUGCACUGGAAUGUAUGUUGACUUGAGGAAGCCAUUGCUCUAAGUCUCUGAAAGGCUGACUUCUAGAGAACUGUCUAGAGACAGUUCUCAUUCUCUAUGGGACAGGCCUUGGGAGGGUUGGCAUGCUCUUGCAUAUUGGUUCCUUCAACCCUGAGAAGGAAGAGUAACUGCUUUGUAUUCUUUGUUUUGUUUCAGUUGGGAAGCCUUUCAUCACCCUGAUAGGCCCAGAUCAGAGGACAACCCCUUCCAGUUCAGUGUUUUUUCUCUGUACUGCUGCCCCUUUCAGGUCCAUGAACCUCAGUGUCAACUGGUUGAGGAACAACAAUGAACAUCCAGCCUCAACCACACACGUGGUACAUGUCAACAAUGACUCUUACUCUCUCAGAAGCAAAGCAUGGGUGACCCUGACCAAGCAAGAUAUCUCGUCUCAGAUCACCUGUGAAGUCACCCAUGGAGACCUCAAAGAGCCCCUAAGAAUGACCAUUAAUCUUUCUCAAGUUCUCCGAGUUAUCCCAACACUGAAGAUCACCACUGAAGACCCAGAGAUCCAAGAUCAUGUGCAUCAAAAAGUGAACCUGACUUGCCAUGUAAACCACUUCUAUCCCCAAAACAUGGACCUCAUCUGGACUAAGAAUGGGCACAAGAUCCCGACCAUGGAACUUCCUCAGACCACCAGAAACUCUGAUGGGACUUACUCUCUACAGCACACAUUACAGGUAGAUGCCAUAUUGAAUAAGACUGACUUUGUCUGCUGGGUGAUCCAGGAUGACCAGCCUCCAGUUAAGAACAGCAUCACCCUGGGAGCUCCCAGGAAGAUCAGAGGAAGGACAGAGUAUUCUCAUCACCUUGAAGGCCCCCUGCAGCGGUUUCCACCUGGAGCAAGCAUCCAAUUGAAGUACACAUCCUCUGCAUUACAAACUCGUCAGGUUACUGUGACCUGGCUCAAAAACAACCACACCCGUCUCCAGACCCAGACCAACGUCUUCUCCAAUGGAGAGACCUACAAUGUUACUAGCACUGCGAUCGUCUCACUGGAGAGUGAUGACAUAUUAUCGUUAGUUCUCUGCCUGGUUGAGCACAAGUCAUUAGUGGUUUUCCAGAAAGUCAUCUACUUGGGCCAGUACCUCUGUGUUCCCCCGGCAGUGAGAGUGUCCCAAUCUUCAACUGUCUCCAGUUUGGUGACUGUCACUUGCCAUGUGCAGAGAUUCUAUCCCCAGGAGGUAUAUCUCUCCUGGCUGGAAGACUGCCAUGUGAUCAGGAGAAUAGAGCAACCUACACCUAAGAGGAAUGAGGAUGGGUCCUACACUCUGGAAGUCCUGCAGUUGGUAAACACAUCAGUGGAGAGGUCUGAUCAAGUACUCACUUGCAAGGUGGAACAUGAGGAACACCCUCCCAUCCAGGCCAGCAUUGUAUUGUCUGCAGCAUCCUUUCCCACAUCCAAAGCCAUCAGGAGCCUAAGUUCAGAGAAAUCUAUCCACGUUUUUGUGGCCUCCCUUCUGUGCCUCAAGUUACUUCUGGUGGAGCUCAAGUGGAGAGAAGAUGCAAGGCCCUGCAGUUGAUCCGAGACUCCUGCUCUUCACUCGCCCUCCUCCAUCCACCACAGAUGUGCUCCCCCUGCACACUGCACACAGACUUGUGGAUUGUUUAGCGAUAUUUCAGACUCAAGAUACUGAAUCUCAAAUGAUCUCUUCUUACAACCAAAAGGCAAUUUAAUGAUGAGGAAAUGAAUGUUCACUCUGUCUCUGGCCAUGGUCAAUCCUUAAUUUUCCAGUUCUGACUACCAACUAGAAUUUCUGGAAGCAUAAUUUAAUUUUAACAGACACAAAACUCGUAUUACUGGACUGUUGAAAAGAAUUUUUCCUAUCUUGAAAUGGGAUUUAAAACAGUAUAAAACACCUCUAGAUUCAUUAUAACAUUUUGUAAAAUAUAACAUCUUGUCCAUAUCUUCUUCAAGUUUCUUUUUUAUAUUGCCCCGAAUUUGCUGGUUUUCUUUCUUAAUCAUGGCUUUAUACUGUUAUGACAUAAGCAUAACCUUUAAACAGCAUAUAGUGCUUUCUGGUUUUAUUCUUUAUAAAAUCUAUGAUAUCAUAUGUAACAUUUUGAAACUUUCAUUUUCAUACUUAAUAUACCUUGUGAAUUUCUUAAUUUGAAGCAUUACUAUUUACCCAUUUUAUGCUGCUCUGUGGUCUUCUAUUGUAACAAUAUGCUAUAUUUUGUUAAUCUAUCUCACAAUGGACACUGAUUAUUCAAUGCUUUUUGCCAUUACAAUGUUGUGAUAUUCUUUUCCUAAUCUCUUUGAGUAUAUGAGAGAAUCUUUCUUGUUUCUCAAGCAGGACACAAACCUACAGUGUUGGUACAUUUAUAUAUUUUGUUAUCUCAAAAAUAAAUAAUGUUUUUGAA